GUGUGAGAGAGAGAGAGAGAGAGAGGAGGGCAAUAUGUGACUAAGUGCGUGAGGCAAUAUGCGGCUAUGUUUGGAGGAAUAUACUCACCUUACUUGUGUUACAAACCGGCAAUAAUAUAUCACUAUCGGCUUAUAACAUGUACUGAUAGUGAAAAGUAGUACCACUACCAGUUCAUAAGGGAUAUACUUUGAUCGGCCAUUUGACAUUAUGAGUCAGUUAUCAUUGUCGGCUCUAACCGAGCCGGUAGUGAUAGGCCGAUAAGGAUGAGGUGAUGUAGUAGUGUUGCCACGGGAAGACAAGUUGGAGGAAGUAUGAAGGAUGGGAUAUGCUAAGCAGGUGCCCGUGAAUACAGCUCCUCGUGAGAGGGUGGUGAGUGGUGACAGAAGUGACUAUGGGCGCCAAAUAUGUAUCCAGCCCACGGAGCAUGCUGCAUGCAUGUAUGCAAUCACUACUUCCUCAAAGUAUGGGCUUCCCGGUGUUUGUGGGGACGCACGCCAGAUUUUCACAAGCAGAAUCCGAAGGGGAAGUCUGGUUUUGUUGGGAUGAAGAAGCGAACUCGAUCGGUUUACCCAAAUGAACCCGCGUACGGAUCGGACGAGAUUGCCAACAAGCUGUCGUACCGUACACGAUCCGAAUUCUUGUACAACAGCAGAUUCGUCGUCUACAUAAUUCGCGUGGAUACGCCGUCGAUCAGAACUCCGAAGCCGGCCCAGCAACCUCAUGAAAAUUGAUGGUCUCGUGUCGCGCACCGCACCAUGGGCGCCUGGCCAAGCAAGACGACCCCCGAUAGCUCGUCCCGCUGGUCGGCCCUCCCGCCGGAGCUCGCCGACCUCGUCCUGCGCCGUCUGUCCUCCCUCGCCGACCGCGUGCGCUUCGCCUCCGUCUGCCGCCACUGGCUUCACGUCGGGAUCAAGUACUCGCCGCCUUGCUUGCCACGGGUGCUCCCGUGGCUCAACUUCCUCGACGGCUCCUUCCGAAGCUUCCCGGACGGCGAGCUGCACUUCUUCCGCUUCAGGAAACACGCGCUGUGCAUCGGCUCUUUCGGCACCUGGCUGCUGUUCGAGGAAAAGGGCUGCAGGCCUAGUCGCCGCCGCUUCCUCAAGAACCCGCUCUGCGGAGCCACCACGCGGCUCCCCGGCCAUUGCAACGAGCCUGUCGAUCUCAACCCUGAUGGCUCACACGGAACGCGUUCCAGCUCCACAUCCACCAACUUCUUCAUCGGCAAGGUCAUCGUAUGCUCGAGCAACCUCAUCGCCGCGAAGGUUAACUACCACGAGCGCCCAGAUGUGGUUGUGUGUUGCCGUCCGGGCAUGUCGUCAUGGUCGACAGGCCUGUCCAAUGGCCGUUGGUACCAAGACAUGGCCUUCUACAAGGAGAAGCUCUUCACUGUCACCACCGAAGGCGACCUCUUUGUGCACGAGGUUACCGAGGACUGUGACACUGGGGAACCGAGGGUUUCUCGGAUAGAACAAGUGAUUCAGGCGCCACCACCAUUGACGUACACGUUGUAUGGGUCUUUUUACGCGACUUUGAACUGCGUCAAGACAUGUUACCUUGUUAUCUCUCGUACUGGCAAGUUGUUGAUGGUACGGUGGAUCGUUCACUACGAUUACUAUAAUUCUGAGGAUUCCACAAAACAAAUGACAAUGAAAGUGUUUGAGGCAGAUUUAGAGAUGUCUCAAUGGCUUGAGGUGGAAAGCUUGGAUGAUCAAGUGCUCUUUGUUAGUUCAGACUGCUCCAAGGCCGUUAGCGCAUCUAGUCACGGUGACAAUUUGCAAGGGAACAAGAUAUAUUUCGUCGAUGACGGUCUAUUGUUUUGGGACUUCUGGCCAACCAGCAAUCCACGUACCUGUGGUGUAUACGAUAUGAGCAGCCACACUAUCCAUCCUAUUUCAUUUGGUGAAUUGCACAUCAGUGAUCAAUUGAAGGCAUCAUGGUUCUUCCCAUGAUCUGUUCACCUCUUGCAGGAGUGUCUAAGUACACGUAUGGUAUAUAUGCUCCUUCCUCUUCAAAAGAUCAGAAGAAGACACAUACAAAUGAAUGCAUCAAUGUACUCAUCAAUUUCGCUAUGAGAG